UAGGUCUAGGAUGGACCGUACUGAGUUAGCAGCGCGUGCGCGACUCGCAGAGCAGGCGGAGAGGUACGAUGACAUGGCUAACUACAUGAAGAAAGUUACCCUCGCAGCUAAGGAAGCUGGAGCUGGAGAAUUAUCAGCUGACGAGAGGAACUACUUGAGUGUGGCUUACAAGAAUGUGGUGGGAGCGAGAAGGAGCAGCUGGAGGGUAAUAGGAUCCAUCGAGUCUAAAACCGAACAGGGAACUUUAAAACAGAAACAAACUGCUGAGUACAAAGAAAAGAUAGAAAAAGAGCUGACGGGCAUUUGCCAAGAAGUUUUGGAUCUGAUUGUGGAUGUACUGUUUCCCAUGGCUGAUAAAGAAGAAUCCAAAGUGUUUUACCUGAAAAUGAAGGGGGAUUAUUAUAGAUACCUAUCUGAAGUGGCCAAGGAUCCCGACAGAACAGCUACAGUUAAAAGUUCAGAGGAAGCGUACACCGAAGCAAUGAAGAUAGCGCAAACUUCUUUGAGUUCCACUCACCCAAUAAGACUUGGAUUAGCCUUAAACUUCUCUGUGUUCUACUACGAGAUCAUGAAUGAGGGUAGUGAAGCCUGUAAGCUAGCAAAAGAGGCCUUCGAUGAAGCAAUUGCCAAGCUGGACGAUAUUCAUCAAGAUACCUACAAGGAUAGCACUUUGAUCAUGCAGCUUCUCAGAGACAAUUUAACACUUUGGACCGCCGAAAUAGGCAGGGAGACGGAGGAAGAAGGCGAUGAACCUCGGGUUGGAUAAAUUGGUCUGGUCUGGUGGGCACAUGAUGGCGCUAUAUUGCACAUCUCACCUGAGGUUGGCGCUAUAUUGCACAUUGCGCCUAAGUCCUAUCCGUUUGGUUUACUUAAAACAUUAUUGGUCAAAAUGAUCACAGUAGAUAGUCUACAUUGAUCUUAAUGCGAAAUAUACCUUAUUUAUCAGAGCUGGAAAUCAUUUCUCUUAGUACUGAGCUAAUACUUAAAACCUAAUUAAGAAGAGAAGAAUUUAUGGAUGUUGAUUUUCGGAUGGACUGCGCUAUUUAAGCUAAGGUGGGCAAAAUGUAGGGAAUGUGCUUUUCCCGAAUAUUUUGUUUAAAUUCUGCAUGAUCUAUUUAACUUGAGAUAUUUAAUGUUAUCGCUACAAGACCUUCACCGCUUACAUUUUUAGGUAAGACCCGAGUUUCUUAUCGCCUUUAAGCCGACAGGCUAAAGAAAGAGUCUCAAUUGGGGUUUACAUUAUAAUGUUGUAUAGAAAUUAGAGAAUGUUGAAGUCUUUUUAAAUACCUUUUUAAAUAUUGUCUUUAAUUUCUAUUUUCGUACAAAGCUUUGGAGCUCAGUUUCUUCAUUUUGAAAGAUAAUUGUUGAAUAAUGCGGUGAGUAAUGUUACUUCGUCAAAGUUUGUAUGAUGCUUUAUUAAAUAUUACGGUUUCUAUAUAAAAGGAUUAAAGAACGCCACACUUAACUCUACGCUCAAUGUGGCAGUAAAUAGAACUUAGAAUAAAUAAGUACUUUGGAACUAAAUUACUGUAUACUGAUAAGUACUAUAUUUUAGUAA